CAAAACCAAGCCCACAUAGAUAUAAACAGGUGUUUAUGAAGCCCACUGGCUUCUAAAGAUUUUUCUGCUCCAAGUUCAACCUGACAAGGCGUGAGACAACUUGAAUGAAUGGUGCUAAACUGAAGCUUUCAUUUUCGUCAAUCAAUGGCCUAUCCUCUUUGCUCGGCACCUCUAAGCUUCUUCAAACCAAAACCAGUUUCAUAUAAUUGUUUCGGCGAUCAUAUUCAUACCCAUCAAACUCUUGUUCAGAAAUGCAACGUCCUAAACGUUCGAGGAGCAAGAUUUCGAUGCGUCAAAGCCAAGGCAGCCAAUAAAAGUAAUCAAAGCAAGAAACCAAAUAGCGUGAUCUGUGGUGAUUGUGAUGGAAAUGGUGCAGUUCAGUGUUCGCAGUGCCUGGGGAUUGGAGUGAACUCGGUUGAUUUCUUCAAUGGGGAAUUUAAAGCGGGUGAUUCUUGUUGGCUUUGCGGGGGGAAAAAACACAUGUUGUGUGGAAACUGCAAUGGAGCUGGCUUCAUUGGAGGUUUCAUGAGCACUUUUGAUGAGUAGAAGUGACUACCUCAACAAUGAAGCUUGUUACUUUGGUCUGCCUACCAUGCAUUUAGAGUUUGUGUAUAAGUGUAUAUAUAUAGCAGACUGUAUUUUUAAGUUAUCUUUUAUAGAAUACACAAAAUACUAUAUCUUGUUCUAAUGCAGUAGUACUUUACUUCAUUUCUGAAAUAAAAGUUUGAGGGUUCAUGGUA